CUAAGCGUGUAGUUAAUGUAUAUCUGCGUAGCCUGUUAUUUACACCUGCGAUGAGCUAAUGCAAAGCAAUACAAACAGUUCUCUAAAAGCCAUAAACCUGUACGGUUAUCUGAUGCACAGACGCUUUAUUUGCACAAUCAAAGAGGAAUCGAGAUUACAUUAGAACAUUCACUGAACGGAGAUUGUGUUUAUUUUCUUCUGAUCGCGACUGGUGGAGCUUGCACCGGGCCUUCAUGCAGUAAUGGAGCAGCUAUUAUUUCUUGUAAUUUUCUACUUGCUUCCUACUCUCAUCUUGUCCAUACAUAAUUCAGCAACCGGAGGAUGUGCAAUCAUUCGUCCCCCCAGAGAUGGAGGGAUACGCUACAGAGGAUUGACUCAGGAACAGAUUCGCAGUGUGCAGAUCUUGCCACUGGACUACGAGAUAGAAUAUAUCUGUAGAGGAAGCAGAAUUAUUGUAGGGCCUAAGGUCCGAAAGUGCCUUUCCAAUGGCACCUGGACUGACAUAAACCAGCUCAGCAGAUGCUUAUUGGUUUGCCCACGGUCGUGGAUGUCUCUUGAGAACGGCAGGGUGGCGCUGCAGCCUCAUGGUCAACCAGUAGAGGGCACAGUUCUUCACUACAACUGCCAUGCCGGCUUCCUGUUGGAAGGUUUCAACAUCUCUCACUGCACUAAACUGGGCAAAUGGGAUUCACCUAAACCAUUUUGUGUGUAUGACAGGAACUAUACAGGCAAGAAAAAACUCUACAUCGGAGCUCUGUUCCCCAUGAGUGGAGGAUGGCCCGGUGGUCAGGCGUGUCUCCCCGCUGCUCAGAUGGCGUUAGAUCUCGUGAACAACCGGAGCGACAUUCUGCCGGACUACGAGCUGGAGCUCAUUCAUUACGACAGUAUGUGCGAUCCAGGAGAGGCCACUAAGCUGCUGUAUGACCUACUGUACACAGAGCCAAUAAAGAUCGUCCUGAUGCCAGGCUGCAGCUCUGUUUCUACACUUGUGGCAGAGGCAGCACGCAUGUGGAACCUCAUAGUGUUCUCGUACGGCUCUAGUUCUCCAGCUUUAUCUAAUCGACAGCGUUUCCCCACUUUCUUCCGUACGCACCCCUCAGCAACUCUGCAUAAUCCUACCCGUGUGCGGCUCUUCCAGAAGUGGGGAUGGACAAAGAUCGCUACAAUCCAGCAGACCACUGAAGUCUUUACCUCGACGUUGGAUGAUUUGGAAGAGCGAGUGAAGGAGGCCAGCAUUGAGAUAAGCGUGAGACAGAGCUUCCUCACUGAUCCCGCGGUGGCUGUCAAAAACCUGAAGCGACAAGAUGCAAGGAUCAUCGUCGGCCUGUUUUACGAGACGGAAGCCAGGAAGGUGUUUUGCGAGGUUUUCAAAGAGAAGCUCUAUGGUAAGAAGUACGUUUGGUUCCUCAUCGGCUGGUACGCAGACAACUGGUAUAAGAUCAAGGAUCCCGCUAUCAACUGCACAGUGGAGAACAUGACGGAAGCCGUGGAAGGACACGUCACCACUGAAAUUGUCAUGCUAAACCCGGAGACUGUCCGCGGCGCCUCCAACCUGACAUCCCAAGAGUUCCAGGCCCAGUUGAUGUCACGUCUCGGGGGGAAGAACCCAGAAGAAACUGGUGGCUUUCAGGAGGCUCCACUGGCAUAUGAUGCUGUCUGGGCCCUCGCAUUGGCCUUAAAUAAAACCGUGGCCCCUUUGAGGGCCAAAGGCUGGGCAUUGGAGGACUUCAACUAUAACAACAAGGAAAUCACUGCUGAGAUAUACCGAGCCCUCAACACAAGCUCGUUUGAAGGAGUCUCUGGUCAUGUCGUGUUUGAUGCUCAGGGUUCCCGUAUGGCCUGGACUCUUAUUGAGCAACUGCAAGGUGGCAGCUACAAGAAGAUUGGAUACUAUGACAGCACAAAAGGCAACCUUUCCUGGUAUGGAAACGACAAAUGGAUCGGCCUCGGCCCUCCAGCAGACCAGACCAAGGUUAUUGAGGAGUUCCGUUAUCUUUCCCAGAAGCUCUUUGUGUCUGUGUCUGUCUUCGCCGGUCUGGGAAUACUUCUAGGCAUAGUUUGCCUUUCGUUCAACAUAUACAACAGCAGCGUCAGGUACAUUCAGAACUCUCAGCCCUAUCUGAACAAUAUGACUGCAGUGGGUUGUGUGCUGUCGUUGGCUGCUGUCUUUCCCCUGGGCAUCGAUGGACUUCAUGUCCAUAGAUCACAAUUCCCUAUUGUUUGCCAGUUUCGCCUGUGGCUACUAGGUCUCGGCUUCAGUUUAGCCUAUGGCAGCAUGUUCACCAAGAUCUGGUGGGUUCACACUGUCUUCACCAAGAAAGUUGAGAAGAAAGAGAAAAGGAAGCACUUGGAGCCAUGGAAGCUUUAUGCAACUGUUGCAGUUCUGCUGGCGAUUGAUGUACUCUCUCUGCUUAUCUGGCAAAUUGUGGACCCAUUGCACAUAACUGUGGAGAAGUUCACAAAAGAGGCUCCUAAAGAAGAUCUAGAUGUGUUGAUUCAGCCUCUUCUGGAGCACUGCAGCUCAGAGAAGAUGAACACAUGGCUUGGUGUGGUAUAUGGCUACAAGGGACUUCUGCUGCUGCUGGGGAUCUUUCUGGCCUACGAGACAAAGUCGAUCUCCACAGAGAAGAUUAAUGACCAUAGAGCGGUUGGCAUGGCCAUCUACAAUGUAGCUGUUCUGUGUAUGAUUACUGCUCCGGUGACCAUGAUCCUCUCCUCUCAGCAGGAUGCUUCAUUUGCGUUUGCCUCCCUGGCCAUCAUUUUCUCUGUCUACAUCACCCUCGUGGUUCUCUUUGUGCCUAAGAUACGCCGUUUGAUCACUCGUGGCGAAUGGCAGUCAGAGCAGCAGGACACCCUUAAAACUUGCUCGUCCACCAACAACAACGACGAAGAGAAAUCACGCCAACUGGAGCACGAGAAUAGGGAACUCCAGAAGAUCAUUCAAGAGAAGGAAGAAAGAGUGACAGAACUACGAAGUCAACUUGCAGAACGUCAGGCCUUGCGUUUACGUAAGCGCCCGUCCGUCCAGAAUCAGAACCAGAACCACAGCAUCCCCCCAUCUCAGGCGGACCCCCCGAGCUACUCCCCCACUACAGACAAACAAUCUCUGACUCUGUCCUUCUCAAAUUCCUCCAACCUGUACCAGGGCGAAGGCAAACUUAGCCGAAACAACUGCCACAACAGCCGUUUGCCCCUGUUGUAUAAAUAAUCCAGAUGUUCUUGAUGGUGAAAAUAUCUAGUGAAAAUAUCUAGUUAAGGAUGCUCUCUUUAUUUCUAAGUUGGCAUGACGUUCCUAUUUGUUUAUUUUUGAUAGCUCCAGAAUCCUGGACAUAUUAUUUAAAAUGUUUACACUGUAUUCAAAUGACUCGAAAUGUACUUUUUCCACUCCAACUAUAGGGUACAGACAAUUCUGCACAGUCAAGUCAACAAAUGCAGUGCUUUCAGGUGAACACAAUUACUUUUAAAUAACUAAUGAUGUCUGAAAACAACUCAAAUGUUCCUGCCCAUUAAGCUUUCUAACUUUCCUUGUUAUCUGGAUGGUGCUAACUCAAAGGUAAAGGAUCUGAGCUGCUUUUUGAAUCCUUGGAAGUUUUGAGUAAGAGCAAGUCCAAAAAAGAAGAGUUAUUUAAUCCCUUUACAUUUUGUCAUUAUUGUGCCCUUGAGCUUAACACUUAAUUUGAGUUGCAGUUAAAUCUAAGGGAACUGACUGGAUAAAAGUGUCUUUAAAACUCAAGGACAAGUUGUUUAGAAAGGAUAGUCUGGGUGUUGGAGCCAGACCCGGUCAAGUGUUUCUUAGAAUUAUUUUCUGUAAGUGUCAGUGGAAGACUGUGUCUGAAGGAGAGCAUGUCUCCAUGCUUCACUUAACAUUUGAAAAGACUAGCUGAGUGUCACUUUAAUGAGACAGUUCUUACAUUGCGGCAACAGUGUAUCAGAUGAACUGCUCUUCCUUUUGCUGCUCACAAAGGAAACGAUACAUGGUUUAAGCUGAUUUACGUACUCCUAAAGGUAUUUGACCAGAGUCUGGUCGAUACUCUAUUAGCCUCAUAUGCUUUCUCUCCUCUAAUCCCUAAGGCCAUGUACUGUGCGCUUUAAUGGCUUUCCUGUCCUUGUAUAACCCUCUCACUGCUUCCAUUUUUUAGGGCACAUGUAUGGCGCUAUAUAACUAUAUAUAUAUAUAUACAGUAUAAUAUAUUCCAUAUAUAUAUAUAUAUAUAUAUAUAAUUGUGGCAAAGAGGAGGGUGGGGCGGGACUGUGAUGACACACGCCCGGCCCCUAAUCAGGCUAAUCAAACCGACGAGAGGAAUAAAGUUUCGGGAGAGAGAGAGCUACAGGCAGCUGCUGGCUCUCUCUCCCCUUUUACCUUUAUCCCUCUCGCCACACUAAUAUAUAAUAUAUAUAUAUAUAUAUAUAUUUAUACUUGUCACUGUUGCCGAGUUCUUGCAGUGAAAAGUUGUUUCCAGAAUCUAGCUGCCUGACCUGUUUAGUUUUCUUAUCCCAAAUUCAAGAGCAUUACUUGGUCUGGGAAAUACUAUAUUUUUUCAUGUUUGUUUUUUAUGUAUUUGUUUGUUUGUUUAUUACGUAUCAUUUUUUUUUUAUAAUUUACAGAAAGUCUUUUUGUGCCUCUUACAAAUCAUAGUAGACAAAUGAGUCCUCUACACAAUUGUUGCUUUGUAUAAUUGGCAAAUGUUCAUAAUGAUAAAAAUCACAUUUAUGACAUUCUAUUACAUUUUAACUGAUAAAUCUUAUAUUCGGAAGAUUUCCAAUUCUCUAACAGGUCAUAAACACUGGCACAAAUCAUAUACAAUAGUAUAACCGUCAUAACAGGUUCUUCUAUGAAACAAAUGAUUGACUCUCUUCUCCUUUUGCAAUUAAAAGUUGGGUCAGUUCUAAGGAUUUUGUACUUGUCGACAGUAUAUAUACAUUACCUGCAAUAUUAUAUCAUAAUAAUUUUAUAUGAGAAGACAAUCACAUUAUACUUUAAUGUUUACACAAUAAUACAAUAUUUUGAGUGUUUAAACAAAUAGUUCACCCACAAAUGGCAAUUGUCUCAUCAUGCCAUCCCAGAUGUGUAUGACAAUUUCUUGUCUGCUGAACACAAAUGAAGAUUUUUAGAAAAAUAUUGUAUCUCUGUUGGUCUAUUCAAUGCAAGUCAAUGUGCCAUUACUUUGAGCACAUAAAAAUGAAUCCAUAAAUCCACAUCUUCAGAAGUGAUAUGAUAGGUGUGGAUGAGAAACACUUCAAUAUUUAAGUCCUUUUUUUACCAUAAAUUCUCCUCUCUUUGGAUGUGGACGAAGAAUGUGAAUCGCCAAAAACAAAAGAAGAAUGUGAAAGUGAAAGUGGAGAUUUAUGGUUAAAAAAAGGGCUUAAAUAUUGACCUGUUUCUCACCCACACCUAUCAAAAAGCAAAACGCUUAUGUAGACAUGAAUGAAAGCACUGGAUUUCUUUUAUGCUGACUUUAUGUACUUUUUGGAGUUUCAAAGUUGUGGUCACCAUUCACUUGCAUUGUAGAUGGACCUACAGAGCUGAGAUAUUUUACAAAAAAUUUUACAUAAAAAAUAAAUCAUACACAUCUGGGAUGGCAUGAGGGUGAGUAAAUCUUGAGGGAAUUUUCAUUUUUGGGUGAACUAUUCCUUUAAUUACAGAUAGUAUGUGUACAUUGUUGCAUGUUUCAUUCUUGUAUUCUUAUCCCUGAAAAGUACUCAUGUAUAAACUAUCAAGUAACAAGCAAUGAUUCACAGCUGGGAAUUUCAACAGAUAAGCAUAGUACAGUACACUGUUUUCCUUCUAGUAUGUAAGCAUUCUAGUAAUGUAGCUCAGGGUGUGUGACUACUGUAACACUUGGCACACGGUAAAGGGAAAAUCUGGAAUUACUUAAACGAAAAUGACUGCCUUUUGAACUGAUGGGAGUUGUUCUGCCUUUGUAAAUAUCUGAGUGGAGUACCGCUGACAAAUAUGGCAGAGUUGUUAUUAUUCGAAAGGCAUCUAAGGAUUUCCCUUUUAAAGGAUUUCCCUUUUAAAUGUACUGUUUAAUUGUUGUGUGUGUGUGUGUGUGUGUGUGUGUGUGUGUGUGUGUGUGUGUGUGUGUGUGUGUGUGUGUGUGCGCGCACUAUACCACAAGGAAUUUUUGUAAGACUUCCAAUUGUAUAAAUCAGAUUAAUUCCUUUGUCAUUUUGAAAGGACAAAAUAUGAGCCUGUAUGUAUAGCUUAAGAAAGUUUCUCUAAAUAUGCAAACUUUCUGGAUGUCAACAUUCAAUAAACUAAUUAUUUUGC